AUGCUCCUUAAUUCCAUCUCUUUAUCUCUAAUAAUUAUCCUCGCUUUCUUUCUUUCCCUUUUUAUCUCUCUCUAUCUCUCCCCUUAUCUCUCUCUCUCUCCUUCUUUCCUCUGUCUUCAAUAUAUUUUUCAUAUUUUCCUUUACUCCAUCUCUUUUUCUCUCAUAAUUAUCUUCUCUCUAUUUCUCUUUCUAUCUCUCCCUCUUUCACUCUCUCUCUCACUCUCUCUCUCUCUCUCUUUGUAUCUCUCUCUAAUAAGCAUGUGCAUUUUAUUUGUUUAUCCUCUAUCUUCUCUUCUUCCUUCCUUGUCCUUCUCUAUUGCCCUGUUUUUUAGUAGCAGGAAGCCUUUGAGCGCUCAAAAAUUGCCGGCCAUAUUGUCUAAGUACCUUACCCGCUUUUUGUUCGUCUCUUCUUCGAAGCACUUAUUUUCUGCCAUCCACUUUUUUUGUUCUAUGUCUUUCCUAAUCUAUCAUUGUCCUUUUACUGUCUUUCACUCUCACAUUGUACUAAUUUCCGCCAUCGAAUUUCAUCUGCGUUCCUUUCAUCACUUCUCAGUGUUCCGUUCUUACCUUCUUUUUAUCUCUUCCUCAAUGCUACUUUUUCUUUCUUUCUUUCUCCCUCUUUCUCUCUCUCUCUCUUUCUCUCUGUCUUCCUCUUUCGCUAUGUUUCGUUUUUACUCUUAUUUUUAUCUCUUCUCUCUCACACUGCCUCUUUCUCAUUCCCUUUCUCUCUUCCUCACUUCCUCUUUCUCAUUCAUUUUCUUUUAUUCCAUCUACCUUUCUCUGAUAUUUCUCUCACUCUUUCUUUUUACUAAUUUCCGCCAUCUUCUAACUCCAUCUGCCUUUCCUUCAACAUUUUUUGCUUCGUUCUCUCUCUCUCUCUUCUCUCUCUCUCUCUCUCUCUCUUCUCUCUCUCUCUCUCUCUCUCUAUCUAUCUAUCUGUCAUGGCGGUAUUCUGUAGAUGACUGCCUUCUCUCAUUUGCUUUCUCUCUCGCAUGA